AUGGGAGUCCUCGGCAUCCAAACCACCUCCAUCGCGCAGAACGGCCUAACCCAUCUCCUCCCCCCCUGCACCCUCCUCACCCUCUCCUACUGCGACGUCUCCCCCUCCUCCCGCGGCCUCACCAACUUUCUCCGCUCUGCGAACCACUUCCCCUUGCUGGCCACGCGCCACCCCGCCACACAGUUCGUCACAGCCCCAAAACCGAACAAGCAUCCAGUGAUCACAGCAAGCUACAUAAACGGUCGCUCCAAGAGCAUAUGUGUGAGGAAUAUGCGGGUAGAGGAGGUUAAGCAGAAAGUUGAGUUGUUGUUGGGAAACGAUGGGCGGAAGAAUCGGAGGGUCGGGGCGAGGAAGGUUGAGACGGGGAUUGUGGAGGGGGUUGGGGAUGGAGGGGGUGUUAGGGGGCGGUUGGAGUGCGCUGCAUGGGGGUGUGAAGCGGGUUUAGGAAAAGAAAUCACGUUGCUGGAGGUUUCGUGCUCAAUAGGGGGACGGCCGUGGAAGUUUGAGAGGAACAAGUCGCGGGACGCAAGAUAA